CUCAAGGUCCCACCCCCUCUUCCUAGUGCCUCACCUCGAGGACCACCUUGCGCAUGCGCUCUAGCUCACGGAGGAUAACUCAAUUACUGGUGCAUGGACAACUUUUCUAGGAAGGCCUUUGAAAAUCUGAGGAGGAGAUGGAGCUGGCAAAUACUUUAAGACAAGACGGCGAGUCUCACGGAGGUGUUUUAGCUCACUUGGAAAGACUAGAGACACAAGUGAGCAAAUCCCGUAAAAAAUUGGAAGAGCCUCAGAACGCACAGGCUCUUGAAGCCAGGAUUCAUGAACUGAAACGUCUGCGAGAUAAGCUGAGGGCUGAAGUGAAACAGCGUCAAGCCAGAGUUAAAGCAUCUACUGCCAAUGUAGAACCUGACCAAACAUUAGAGAUUAGUGAGCAAGAAAUUUUGGAGAGAAAACAGGAAAAUAUGAAAGCCAUUCUACAGGCAUAUCGUUUUACAGGGAUCAGCGGGAAGCUGACCAGCCGAGGAGUAUGUGUCUGCAUCAGCACUGCUUUUGAGGGGAACCUGCUGGAUUCCUACUUUGUGGAUCUUGUCACGGAGAAACCACUUUGGAUACAUCACCAUUCGGUGCCAGUCUUCAUUCCCCUAGAAGAGAUAUCUGCAAAAUACCUACAGACUAAUACUCAGCACUUCCUGUUUGUUCUCUGUGAAUACCUAAAUGCUUACUCGGGGAGGAAGUACCAGGCAGAUCGACUUCAGAGUGACUUUGCAGCCUUUCUUGUGGGGCCCUUGCAGAGAAACUCAUUGUGCAACUUGCUGUCAUUUACUUACAAAGUGAAGCCGGAAGGUCAGUCCUUCCCCUUCUGUGCUAGACUGCUGUAUAAGGACCUCACCACAACCCUUCCAACUGAUGUCACUGUUACUUCUCAAGGGACAGAAGCAUUACCCAGAAUGUGGGAAGAACAGCGAGCAGCCCAUGAAAACCUGUUUUUUACGAAGCCCCUACAUCAGGUGUUUACUUCAUUUGCAAAAAAAGGAGAAAAGCUGGAUAUGAGCCUGGUCUCCUAGAAUAUUUUCUUUGGGGACACAUCAGAAGUAAAAGGAAAUAUUGCACUUUCUGCUCCCAUGACUAAGGUGACUGGGGUUCCAGAAGAACCUUUCAAGAUUGUCAGGACAAGAGCCAUUUCACCUAACUCGGACCACAGACGAGCAGGUCUUCAGCGUGAAAAGCACUGCUUCCAGGUUCUAGCUGCGGAGCAAGUGGUCCCAGCGAGCGGCCCUCAUCUAAAGCAGAGCUUCUCCGCCUGUGCUCCCAGCCAGGCACAGAGGCAGUAGCCUUGUUCCACCUCUGGCAGCCCUUCCUACUCACAGUGGCCAUGGCCUCUCUGGGUGGAAGAGGGCUGGUAAGAACUAGGGCUCUGGAAGGAACGUUCCAGUACCAUGACUAUGAGCCCUACUCCCUGGGUAAGCUAGAGGCACACUGAGGAAUAGUAUGGCCACCCUCAGAGCUUGCACGUUCACGGACAAAUGAAGGCUGAAGGAGAUUUUUUAAACCUAAAAUCUAUGAGAGUGUGCACUUCAACAGCCUGGGUUGUUGGGACUUGGUCACAUGACCUUUCCCGAAGCCUUUCUUUGAUUCCCCAAAAUAAACUCUCCCUCCCCUUUGGAUUCUCGUAGGGCUGGAGGCCAUUCAGGAGUUGUCUACUACCUGGUGAGGCAGUGUGAUUGAGGCGCCGUUAGGGAAUGUGGCCAGCUUGUCUCGGCCCUUCAAGAAAAAGGUUAGCAGUUCCCCCUUCCCUUUCACAAAGAUGGGCCCUCUCCUCACGAAGCGGAAGCCAUACUCUCGAAGGAUGACUUGGGUUUCUUCCACCACCUGUAGAGGAGAACCGAGAGCCUGGGGUUAGAGAGAGAGCCUGGGCUGAGGGGCUUGGCAGCACCCAGCACAGUUCCCAUACUCAGGCCCGCAGGGCUCCCCUCCUGUCCCCUUCAGCGUGGGCACAGAUUGGGGGUGGGUGUGCCCAGCUCUUCUCUCUCCUAAAGGUAGCCUUCCUGCCUGCUCUCUUAGGAGGUCAGCCAUAGGUCACCUUGUUUGGCAACGUGUAUCUUGCUUUUCUGUCCUCUUUGCCUUUUUUGUGGAGCUUUCCUGCCAGACCCAGUGACAAAGAUCAGGUGGUUUUGAGGGGAGCACUUGGAGGCCCAAAAUGUCAGCUAGUUCACACCAACAGGCAGGAUGUUCUUACCCAAAACUUAAACCUACAUUUUGCAAAUAGAGUUGAAAUAUUUCCUCCCUUCUACUGAGUAAGCUCGUCCCACUCUUGCUCUUGACUGCAACACGACCCGCUUAACAUUCUGGGCCCACAGAACAGAGGCCACAGUGCCCAGCAACACAUGCACUGUUCUGAUUCUGUCCCCUGGACUUACCUGGAUGUUGCCCAUGACCCCUGUGGACUCCAUCCUGCUGGCUACAUUGACUGUGUUGCCCCAGA